CAGGAACACCUAGCUCCUUCUGAGCCCCUUUCAUUUGUUGGGGCUGUGGAAGAAGUCUUGAAAAGUGACCUGCCGGACAUUGAUGUCCUUACAAUAGCCCAAACAAUGACAGUAGACCAGUUCUAUGAUUUGGGAGUAGCUCUUGGUUUCACCAUACAACAACUGGAUGUCAUAGAAUACAGGAGGUUCCGUGACAGAGAGCAGGCCAUCUAUGACAUGUUGGUGACAUGGAGAGAGAGACAACCGUCCGGCCAAGCAGCAAAGGAAACGUUCCUCUCACUCAUGGAAUCUUUAGAUUCACCAGCAGAAGGAAUCGCCAUAUCAGACAUUGGACUCACUGGAGAAAUUCCUGACAGGACACUGCUCGCGUUCGCCCGUCAGAUCAGACCGGAAAAGUUCUUUGAGAUUGGCGAGAAGCUGGGAUUCAACACGUCAGAGUUACAACACAUUGAACAUCGGAUACUAUACAACAGGAAAAAUGCUAACAUCCAAAUGCUCUCAAGUUGGAAAGCAUCUCAGACUUCAGGGCCCGAAGCAAAGCAGACACUGAAGCUGGUUUGGGAGUCUGUGCAGGACGUUUCGAAAGCAGAGAAAACCAAGGAUAGUGGAAAGGGCAUUGCUCUCUUGAAUACGAAAACUGCUGGCACAUCUCAAGCAUUAGCUGAGGAAUUAUAUCAAGGAACUGCGGAGACCGAGAAGAACGAUUAUGACAAUCUUCCGGAAAAGGCGCAAACUGAUGGAACAGACAGUGUAGAGCCAAUAGACUACGCCUUAGCAGGACUAGAUUUCCCCAAAGCAGCGCAUGCGCAAGGGCCCUCAGGAGGACAGACCAUGACACAUGAGCCUACAUCAACCACUAACCAACCUCUUCUAGAUGACAAGUCCUCCGAGAACCAAGAUGGGAAGAAAAUCCACUGGGAUUUUUUGACAGAUAGUCCUCAAGAACUUACGCUUCAAGAUAAUGAAGUAUUAAUAUCAUGCGGCAUCAGAUUCUCACCUUCUGGAGUCAAGCUCAGCGAAACUAUCAAGGUCACGUUGGACCAUAAUGCACAUUUCACCAAUCCAAGACGUGCAGAGAUCGUCUUCUACACCCGCAACAAAGACUCAACAACUUUUCUGAGAAUUCCCGCAUCCACCAAUGGUUGUCCACGUUGUGACGUCAGAUCAAAGGACUUGGAUUUCUACGUAGAUCAUUUUAGUGAUUGGUGGAUUGUGGCCGUAUUCACUCGAUACUUCAUUGGAAAGAGGGUCCGGUGCACGCCAUAUAUACGACCACCUGUCAUGAAAGGGUUCACGCACUUAGUGCUACUCUGCAUAUAUGACGAUCUCGUGGAUGUUAUUGAGAAAAUAAACGAAGAAAUGAAGGAGUACAGAAAGCUCUAUCCACCCCAGCCAAUGUUCGUAGAAUGGAGGUAUGGUGAUAUCAAUAUCGAGUUGUUCGAUGGCUCAAAGGAAAAUAAGGAGAACAUUGACAAACAGAUACUAGGUGAAAGGGAUAUGUACCUCUUUGAAAGUAAACAGUUCUCCUUUGAAGUGAAGCCACUCGUGUCGGGGGCAAGCCAAAGGUUCCUCGAAUUCACCUUGGAUCAAAGAAAGUCUUCUUCUUACCCUACCCUGAUUCGUUUCGACUUGAAAUAUGAUGCAGGAGCAGCAUUCUCUACCAUGGAUGCAGGAUCACAAUCAGCAGAGGUGUCAACGCUAUCAGGUCCAUCGGAUGAACAGAAAGUGACAGAUGCGGAUAUCCUGAACCUGGCAAAGCUUCUACCACCUGAUCGGUGGAGCCAUCUUUACGUUGCUCUUCGCAUCGAUUACAGCACAGCUGAAGGUAUCAGAAAGGAGUUUACAGAGAAAACUGAGCAAUACAUACACCUCCUUCAAAAUUGGAAAGCUGCAUCAUCUCGGACUAGAAAGGAUUUAAAUGCAAUCCUCGUUAAGGUAGAAUCAGGAGGACUUGUAGACACGUACGUGGAUUAGGUGUAAAACUAGAACGAGAGAGUAAGA